AUGCCACCAAAAAAAAGAAAUUCUCAACUUAAAGAAGCUAGACUUGCAAAAAAAUCAAAGAACAAUUUAUUUAUUCAAAAUACUCUCUCACAUGAUUUUGUACCAGAAACUGAUGAUGAUGAUAAGACUAUUUGUGAAUCCGAUUAUGUUGAGAUUGAAAAUACUAAUGAGUAUGAACUUUCUGAUAGUGAUGCUGAUGAUGACAAUUGGCAUAGUGAGGCAUUGGAUAAUGUGAUUGAAAAUUUAGAUGCAUCAAUUUUUGAAGUUAUGAUGCAAAAUGCUCAUAAAAAAGAUUUUUCUACUUCUAAUCAUCCAUUGGUAUAUAUAGGAAAUUCUGAAAGAACCACUUAUCGCAAAAAGGCACAAAAUCAAAAGGAUGCUGCAAAUUCUAUGAAAUUAACAAGUUUUUUUGAAAAACAAAAUCUUGAUUCAUUGGAAAAUAAUAACAUUGCAAGUAAUGAUAUAAAUGAUAAUAUUAAUGAGAAUGACAAAAAUAUAUAUGAAGAAGCAUUAAUUAAUUUGAAUCUAAUUGUUAAAGACAAAAAAUUGCCAAAUGACAUUAAAAAACGAGCUUCUAUUAUUA